AUCACUCCCCACUAUUUACAAAAGAAAACAUAGAACUUUCCCCCAAGAAAACCCAAACCCCUUCACUCAUAAAUCCAGGAAAAAUCUCUCGUUUUCCCUUGAAAACAAGGGAAACUCCACACACCCAUGUGAAAAUUUUCACUGGAUUUUUCUCCUGUUCAUCGAGGGGUCUCAUUUCUUUAGAUUUCUGAAAAUGGGUCUUGAAAAUCUUCGUCUCAAACUCAAGGCGCUUAGAUUGGGAAGGUUUCUGACGAGGAAUAGGAGGAGUAAAAGACGGCCGGCGGCGGCGGUGUGUAAUCGGACGUGGAUAGCGCCGGUGAACCAUGGGUAUCAUAUGGUGGCCGAUCUGUCGUAUUCGAGGAAUUGGGAAGAGGAAUCGGAGCACGACUCCGUUGUGGUGCAGAGAGAGCAGAUGGAUGGGAUUGAGUUAUGUUUUUUUGGGGUUUUUGAUACUCAAAUUGGCGACAAAGUCAUCAAGUUCAUGCAAACCCAUUUCUUUGAUAAGAACUUCAAACAGUCUCAAGUAAAGGGGAAGGGAAGAGAAGCAAUGAAGAAAGCACAUGUGAGUGUAAGAAGUAAGGUGAAAGAAGCAAAGGAAGGGAAGGAGGCAUGGAAUAUGGGAUCAUCUUCAGCAUUGGUCGUGGAUGGAGAUAGAUUGGUGAUUGCUACCAUGGGGAACUAUAGAGCCAUUGUAUGUGAAAACGGUCUGGCUCGUCAAAUAAGCUGUGAUCAAGAUCCAACUAAGCAACGCUGGCAUCGUAGAUUAAUGCUCGGAAUGAAGCCUCGGAGAAGCUCCGAACUUGUGGUUGCAGCUAAAAGAAUCAACUCGGAAACGGAAUUUGUGAUAUUGGGAAGCAAUGGCAUAUGGGAGGUAAUGAAGAACCAGGAGGCUGUGAAUCUGAUAAGACACAUAGAAGACCCACAAGAAGCAGCAGAGUGUUUGGCGAAGGAGGCCUUCACCAGAAUGAGCAAAACUAACAUUUCUUGUUUGGUCAUUCGUUUCGACUAAAUUUAGUCUUUCCUUUUCUUUCUCUUCUUAUCUAUUCUCUACCUAAUCUGUUUACACUUUGGGUCAUAAUUGCUAUGCUGUAAAUAUGAGCCAUACCAUUUGGUUUUUCCUGUAAUAAAUUUUGGACAUCUUAUUCCUUAAAUUUUUCUUCACAUA